CACGACCGUCGAGGCGUGCUGACGCUGGGAACACCGGACUGGACUCGCCCUGCUCCGCUCAUGGAUUCGGGCAACGUAGAGGCACUGAUCAGUCUCAAAAACAUGUCCUCUCCUUGGUCGAUUCGCACCCGUAGAAACGCCAUUCCGCACGCAGACCAGCACACGACGAGGUUGUCGCCGUGACAGCUGCUCCAUACACCCGCCGACGAGGAUCAUAUUGCAAUGGGUCUUCGUUAUUAUGCUCAGCGAGUCCACCAUUGUGGUUGAACGGCCCCGGUCCGGCUCCGUCAGCAGUUCUCAGAGCAGUUCCUCCAACGACCAAAAAGUGGUCUCACGAGAGAAGCAGCUGGCCAGGGCAGAGAAACGGCCUGGACACCAGAGGAGAUAUGCACCAAAGACGCGAACUGGCUGUAUCACAUGCAAAAUACGGAGAGUGAAGUGCGAUGAGGAGAAGCCACACUGCAAACGAUGCACUACGACGGGCCGGAAGUGCGAUGGCUACGCCCAAAUGGGCGAGUCGCCUACCAGACCAAAAUCGCCUGAACCAUUAACGGUUGCUCUGAUCAACGACGUCUCAAGUGAUGCCCUGGAGCGAAGGACUUUCGACUACUUCCGUGCCCGUACGGCACCCUGUGUGUCAGGCUAUUUUUCCGAUACCGUAUGGGAACGACUGGUACUACAGCUGAGUCACCAAGAGCCUGCAGUCCGACAUGCCAUCAACGCUCUUGGUGCUUUGCACGAGGAGAGGUCUCUGCGCCGAUCCGCUGGCGCAGAGGGCAUUGAUGUGUCCCUUGUGAAGACCGGGUUCCCCAUCCUACAAUACUCCAAGGCCUUGAAUGAGAUGCAGGAGUUGCUGAAAAGUGGUAAAGCACCUCUGGAUGUCAUCCUAUUGUGCUCUUUGCUGUGCAUUCACUUUGAAGCGUUGCGAGAAUCGUUUGUCCCUGCUCUGAUGCACAUUGAAAAUGCUAUUCAACUGCUUCAAUCGAACACUACAUUCGAUGCACGCAAAGUCAACCCCAGUCUGGUCCGGGCGAUCAUGAGAAUGGACCUACAGGGGACUUUGUAUCUGGCCUCACGCGUGCCUGGCAUGCCGUUCUUCACAGCCGCUACCGACUCGAUACUACCAACAUCCUUUCACGAUUUGACUCAUGCCCGCGACCUGGUCAACACCUGGACGAGUCGCUUAUAUCACUUCAUGCGCACAGUUGGCGACCAUCAUAGACUUCAAUCACCAGGCGGUCACACCAUCGAUGCAUUAGCCCAGGCACAAGAACUCGAGCAGACCUUCUUAAAGCUAGACGGCCUGCUCUGGGAGUUCAUGCAUAAGCCCACUGCCAAGCUAAGCACAAGAGAGCAGCAUGGUCUGGGGAUGCUCCGGACGCGCACAAAAAUGAACAGAAUCCUAGCUGCAUCAAGCUUAUAUGCGGAAGCAUCCUGCUUUGACCAAUACAUUGGCGAAUUUGAGAAUAUUCUCGCCAUCUGCAUGUACAUCAUGGGAUCCGACAAUGCAGAUCGUAGACUGUUCUCCGUUAGUCUGGACGAAGGUCUGAUCCAGCCGCUGUUUUUCUGCGCAACACAUUGUCGAGAUGGAAAGGUUCGACAUCAGGCACUUGCGCAACUCCGGAAGCUACCUGUACGAGACGGCAUCUGGCACGUUGAUACCACGACACGCACAGCCGAGAUGGUCGUGCGAUUUGAGGAAGCCCUGUGUGACAAGCCACCUGGCGCUGCGCUCUGUUCUGAUAUUCCCGAGUGGCGGAGGGUGCACUCGGCGAUUUUCGAUACCUCCGGACACGACGCUACACCUAGGAAGAAAGUCAUGGUAAAGCUGAGAACUCGGCCAAACGGAAUUGAUGGAGAGUGGAUCGACCAUGAAGAAUCAAUAGACUGGCUGGUACCUUCUCAGUACAAGAACAUGAAAGCAAAUCUUGGCCUGAUUGUCAAGAAUGGCGCAUUCCCGCGAACGAGCUCAUAAGGACAUGAGAGUAUCACAGCAUCCAAUUCCUAAGCAACCACAGAGAUCUCAAGAGGGAGUGAUUGCAAGUAAGCAGAGCCAUGCAGCUGCAGAUUCAGCCCAUAAGGUCGUCAUCGCAGUGGAGGUCGAGUCAAGCGAUUCGUGAAUACGUUCGACGGGAUGUAAUAUAGUUACUGCAAUAAUGUUUGCAAGUGCAGCACACCACAA